CAGCCAUUUGAAGAAGGCGCCGAAUGAAACGUAUGGGAGACGUCACUACGUCUCACGUUUUGGGACGUCUGUUGCGGACAUUCACAACUAGGAAGUAGCGGCUUCACCUUUGAGAAACAGAGCGCGGGAUUAUAGUCUUCAAAGAAGUGAGAGGGAAGCCUGAUGGAGAAGUGCGUUGGGCAGCUGGGGGCGCCUCAGGGAUGACUCGACGCGGCUCUUCUCUGAGCCAGGGAUCCAGGGACAGCGCCCACCUCUUCCCGGGGGUCGGCCAGUCCGUAGACAGGUCCGCAAAGAAUCAACACAUAACCGCUUUCUUUAAACCAGCUCUAAGGACAGACAGCUGUAAGCUUGAACUAUCUCAGGCUGAAGAUGGGUGCCUUAAAAAACUUUCAUCAGCGAAAAGACAGAAAAGGCUACCUGUCAAGUCACCAAACAGAAGUCCUAUAAUGGAGGCAUUUCUUCAAAGAGGAAAAAGUGAAAAACUAUCUGCUCUGAUUGGAAAACAUAAUUGUGAUGGGACAAUAUCAGAGGGGGACUCUAGUAACCUGGAUGACCGCCAUGUAGUUAGUAAGCGCAGAUUGUUUUCAAACGAUGUUCCAAAUACUGAGAACAAAAGGAGGGAUGAGGAAAAUAAAUCGGAACUAUUUAAUCACUGCAAGUUCUUUGAGCAAAAUAAUGGCUGUUCAGGGGGUGAUGUUAGCAAGCCUAAAAUUCAUUUUUUUACAUCAGAGGCUAAAGGUCAAGCCAGGUGUUUAUCUUUGGAGCAUGAAGGAUCAGUCUCUCCAGAAAAGGGCAAAGAAAAUAUUCUUUUGAUUACAAGAGGUCUAUGUUCGCUAGUUAAGGAAAAUGAAAGCACAGGCACAGUACUGUUGGUUGAGUCAACUUCUCAGUCUCUUAGCUCCGAUAGCUCAAAGGCUUGUGAAGAUAUGGAGGCUGAGUCAAUCCCAUCUCAGGAGCCAUCUAGCAGCAGUUCCUUUUCUGAAUCUGAUAGCUCAUUUGAGAGCUUCUCUUUUUCCACCAAAAGACCAAAGAGGCUGAAAACAAAAUUCAGAAAAAGAAGCUCAAGCAGUGAUGAAGAAGCGCUAAUGUCACUGGAGAAUUAUUUGAAACCAAAGCCAACGGCUUUGCCUUCUACCCCACAGCAGCCUCUGCCUAGUACAUCACCAUUUUCUUCACCCAUGACUCCUUUUCUGAACAAUAAUUGCAUUGCUGCAACUCCUGAACAAUAUGCCAACAGCUUGUCGAGACUCGUAAAGGAAAAAAAGGAAAGUGAAAGAGUAAAGGAAAUUGAGAAAAAACUACAAGAGGAUAUUGAAAAAGGACAAAGCAUGCAGUUCUUGGAUACUGAAUGUGACACAGAUGAAGGAGACAUUGAAGAUGAGCACAGGGAAUUUUUGCAGAAGUAUUCUAUAGACCUUAAUGGCAUUCCAGAUCAACCACCUGGUGAAGAAAUAUUCCAUUUAGAUAAGUCUGGCCUAAUCUUCAACCACCAUACACUUGACUUGAGGAAUUCAGAAUAUUCUGCCCAAAGCUCAGAGGAAAAUGUUAUAUUUCGCUGUGGUGCAGAAAACCAAUUUAUACUGGCAACUGAAGGAUUCUUGAGUUUUUUGUAUCGGUAUAAGACAUGCCCUGUUGUUUUAAUGAAAUGGAUGUUUCAGAUUGUUGCAGUUCAUCCUUCUUACACCAUUGGCAUUAAACUUCUCAAUACCUUGAUUAAAAUCACAAGUAAUAAUCUUUCUAAUUCAAAGCAAAAUGAAGCUCCUUGGAUGCCAUCUUUGUUGGACGUGGCUACUGUCUUCAUGAAUAUGGGCGUGGAUUUUGACAUGCUGUUUCCUCUUCCCCACCUUCAGCCUGUGUUCUGCUGUGAUGAUCUUGUACCUGCUGUACCUUUAUCCCUGAGACUAGGUAACAACAAAAAUGGUCCAACACAAGCUUUUACUACAGUUCCUGAAAUGCAGAUGACAAAUGUGAUUAAGUAUUUAGGAUAUUGUACAGCUGUGUACCCUGAAAUAUUUAGUGACCAGGAUACGUUACUCCUCAUUGUGCUGCUCUUAAAAAUCCAUUUGGAAACACAACUGAAAUCUAGUCCCAUUGUGGAUUUGCAUGUUCUUGUGGGAAACUUGCUUCAUAACUUUAGAGACUGGGAGAUCAAGAUGCCAGAAUUAUCCUUGGCUCUACGUGACAUUUCCACGCACCACCAUAAUUAUGUGAAGAUUGUGCAGCUCGUUCCUUCAACAGAGUCACGUGGAAGACAGUUGAGAGGGCACCUCAGUUUAGCUUUUAUAUCAAAGCUCCUGAAUGAAAACUGUCCAGACAUACCACUUGAUUACAGUGCACAGAUGUCACUUCUCUGCCAGUGUUUGAGUAAAAUGAAGCCAUCUGCUUUAAUUCGAAAAAUGCAAAGCUACAAUGAAGAGAGUACACAACACAAUCUAGAUCAAGAGGGCUAUUACUUAACCUACAGUUUACUGACUUUGGUGAAUGCUGCCAGUUCCUCCGAUGAGGGUGUCUCUGUUCAGAGAACCUACCUGUUAAAACUCUGUGCUGCACUAGAAAAACACAUUAAGUGUGAUAUCCGAGAGGAUGCAAGAUACUACUACAGAACUAAGGUGAAGGAUUUAGUUGCCAGAAUAUAUGGAAAAUGGCAAGAAAUACUGCAUUGUUCUCGACCUCACCAGGGCAAGAUCCAUGAUUAUUGGGACCCAUUAUAUGACCAAUCAAGUCCAGGAAGUUCACAAGAAGAAUGUAUGGAAAAACCCUUUGCAGAUGGAAACACUUUGCAGUUGCACUGCCUAGAUAAAUAGAAAAUGUAUGGCCAACAUACACUCUAUUGCUUUCUUUGCCACAAUGGCUGGCACUGGGGACACUUAAAAUACAGUUUGUAUAAAAUGAAUUUUUAUAUCUAUUUUGUUUCCUGCAGUGAGGAUUAGUCUGUCAAUUAAAAAUACUACUAUGUUGCGCUCUUUUAUUCUUCAUAUAUAUUACCAUAGCCUGUUCAUUCUGUUAAGCUGGAUCUCCUAAAUGGGAAGUUUAAGGUAAGGCCCUGUACCCUAUAGUGUCCUGGGUCACCCAUGGACCUCACCACAAAGUAACCAUUUCUAGGCAACAAUUGUCCUAUUCAAUAUGAGGUUUUCAUUCUAUAGGCAAGUAACAUGCCAUGAAUGGCUUUUGACCCAAAUUUUGGAUCAUGUUUGGGCAACAACUAAAAGCUUUGUAUUCUAUGUAAAACUGUGCCCUAGAGCCCACUUUCAGCUUAAGUGGCUCCAUGGCUACAAUUUAUAUAAAUUCUAGUAGUGACAUCAAAGAGGGCAUGCUCACUGCCUCUGCUCCAGUUAAAAUCAAUUCAAUUAAAUCAAUAAAAUCAGGCAUGCCCAGUAGGCAAUUCUUUGAGGUCUUCAUAGUUGGAGAGGGUUUUGUUUAUGCAGUGCUCAUUAUUUUACCUUUAAACAAAUUACGGGGGUUUAGUGAUGUUGUUCUACUAACUAUCUGAGUGGUGUAGCUAUGGUAAUAGCCUUAUAGUCUUUAUUUUUUUUUUACUCUAUAAGGCUUCUUAGAAACUAUAACAAAAAAAAAAGAAUUAUUGGCUUGCUGUAUUGCUGAUGUAUUAACUUAAUUUGUUAAAAAGAGUGAUUAAACAUCAAGCAGAGAUCUUAAAUCUUUA